AUGUCAAAGUCAAAAUCAGUCUAUACACCAUUGGCGAAGCACUUCAAACUUUCAGCAGAGCAAACUCCAAAGUCUGCUGAAGAGCUCAAGGAUAUGGCAGAGGUUCCUUAUGCUAGUGCAGUUGGUUGUUUGAUGUAUGCAAUGGUGUGUUCAAGGCCGGAUCUAGCACAAGCAGUUAAUCAAGUCAGUAAGUACACGUCGAAUCCUGGAAGAAAACAUUGGGAGACUGUGAAGUGGAUUCUAAGGUAUUUGCGAGGGACAAGUGACUAUGGGCUUAUGUUUGGAGGAGAAGUGCAGGAUUCAGUUAUUGGGUUCGUGGAUUCAUAUUAUGGUGGAGAACUUGAUAAUAGCAGGUCGACUACAGGGUAUGUAUUUACUCUUGCAGGAGCACCUAUAUGCUGGAGAUCGGUACAACAACCUAUUGUAGCGAUGUCAACCACUGAAGCUGAAUACAUGACACUUGGGGAAGCAGCUAAGGAAGUAGUAUGGGUACAAGGUCUUGUAUCCAAAUUGGGUGUUGAUCAAGAAGGUGUUCAACUACACUAUGAUAGUCAAAGUGCAUUAUGUUUGGCUAAAAAUCAAGUGUAUCAUGGGAGGACGAAGCACAUUCGUAUAAGGUUUCACAAGAUAAGGGAGUUGGCAACUUCUGGAGAAGUCUUAUUGGAAAAGGUGCAUACAUCAGAGAAUCAUGCUGACAUGUUGACCAAGCAUGUUACAACGAAGAAGUUCAAGCAUUGCAUGGAUCUGCUCCGUGUUUGCCAAUGCUGA